AUGAAACAAUCAUGGAUGUUUGAGGCUGAGGACCGUCCACACUUUUUCAUUGAACGCUUUGGUUUUGGGCACUCAGGACACAUGGACGUGCACGUGUCCAAUGUAGAAAUUAAUACACCAGAAAAGUCUUACACAAUUCAGGCAGGACUAUUAUUUGUGCAUCAAGAUAAGUUAUGGGAGACGGUAGCAUUGUUAGAAGACUCAAGCGUAACUGAAGCUAUUGAUAACGAAACAGACGAGUGUAUUCUGCAACUACGUCACGAUGAUGAAUGGAUUGAUCUCAAUAAGGCACAAACCUGGAAUAUUAGUCGGAGUAUGGAACUUGAAGGCACAGAAGACAAUGGACACAAAAGACUACAAAAGAUUGGGUUUUAUUACAUUUUCUAUGCCCAGUGUACACCUGGAAUCAAGGUCUCUUUCCAUAUGGACGCAUUGUUCAAGAAUGGAGAUCACAAUUUUUUGUCCAUUGGGGAUGCACCUUUACCAAGUGUUUAUCUGGUAAUGAGCUUGCUCUUUUUAAGUGCUGCAGUAGUUUGGUGGUGGUGUCUCGUGAAAAAUUUGGAACAUGUGCAACGAGUUCAUUGGUUCAUGGCAGUACUGGUGUCAGUUAAGACGGUAGCACUAUUUGCUGAAGCAAUGCAUGCGUACUACAUGAAACGUAACGGUGACACUCUUACUGCGUGGACAGCAGUGACGUACGCGUUUUUAAGUCUAAAGGGGAUUUUACUAUUCUCGGUGCUGAUGCUUAUUGGUACGGGAUGGUCACUAUUGAAACCUCAUUUGUCGCAGAAGGACAAGUCGGUGCUGUCGCUGGUGCUAGUACUGCAGGUCAUAAGCAACAUUGCCCAGAUUGUAGAGGCAGAGACUGCAGUGGGUACACGUGCUUGGGUAAGCUGGCGAGAUGUCUUAAUCAUUGCAGACGUGGCUUGCUGUGCUGCAGUGUUGCUUCCGAUUGUGUGGUCUAUUCGUCAACUGCGAGUUGCCGCUGCAACAGACGGCAAGGCCUUUAUUAAUCUCCAGAAACUCACGCAAUUUCGAUCAUUUUACCUGCUCGUCAUUUGCUAUAUCUACGUGACUCGGUUGGCCUUGCAGCUCCUGCGGGCUAGUUUGCCCUAUAACGGUACCUGGGUGGCUGUGGCAGUGAGCGAACUAGCUGCUUUGGGCUUUUUCAUCGCCACUGGCUAUCGCUUCCGUCCGUUGCCGGUCAACCCGUAUCUGGAAGUUCCUAUGCACGAGGAUAAUUUGGAGGAAUUUGCGCUGGAAGACGACGAAGAUGACUUGGACUUUCAACGCGAUCAGCGCAACGAUAUUCACAAGUUUGCAUACGGUGCGCCAGUUAGAACCACGGCAAGCUACUCAAUGAAGAGACAGUAUGCACCGGAGCGUGCCAGUUAUGCUAACACGACGAGUGACAGCAUCAAUAGCGAUCUAUAG